AUGGAGGUCGGGGACAUCCCCACCGUCCUGGUGCAGAACAAAAUCGAUCUGCUGGACGACACGGUUAUCAAAAAAGUUAAUGGCGAGGACGUCAGGCUGAUGUUGUGGGACACGGCGGGACAGGAGGAGUUUGAUGCCAUCACCAAGGCCUAUUACAGAGGCGCUCAGGCCUGUGUGCUGGUCUUCUCCACCACCGACAGAGAGUCCUUUGAGGCCAUCAGCAGCUGGAGGGAGAAAGUGGAGAUGGAGGUCGGGGACAUCCCCACCGUCCUGGUGCAGAACAAAAUCGAUCUGCUGGACGACACGGUUAUCAAAAAUGAGGAGGCUGAAGGUCUCGCUAAGAAGCUGAAGUUAAGAUUCUAUCGGACGUCAGUGAAAGAAGAUCUCAACGUCAAUGAAGUUUUUAAGUAUCUAGCUGACAAAUAUCUGCAACGACUCAAGCAGCAGUCGGCAGAGGAGACCGAGGUUGUUCACACAUCCAGCAAUAAAAUAGGCGUUUUCAACACUUCCGGCAGCAGUCAUCCCAACCAGACUGCCGGCGAUCUGAACGGCCGUGAGGUCAUAAACCUGCGCCCAAACAAGCAGAGGACCAAGAAAACAAAAAACCCCUUCGGUAGCUGCAGACUGCUCUGAUGAGUAGGCCUAAAUCUUUUGGACACUGCCCUUCCUCACAUUUUAACAAUGAUUGUGGCUCAAAAUUUGAAUGAAAAGCGAAUAUAUUUUCUCAGUCAAAUAUUUGGUGAGUUAUUCCAUGUGGUACACAGCAGGGUAAUUUUCUCUAAUGAGAGUACUUACAGCGGG